AUGUGGCCUACUACCGGAGGAAAUCUGGAUGCUCGAUUGGCCGUGGCCAUCUCCUGUCCUGUGCAAAUUGACACAAACCCUGGUUCCGACCCAGAGUCCGCCGGGCGUUUAAGAAGAAACACCAGGCAUUGGAUGGCGUUCAACAAACAUAGAAGCCCCCUGCUCUUUGCUCGUUUUAAACGUCUCUGCAAUAAAGGUAUCAAAGUAGCACGGGAGACUAAUCUCAAGUAUGAACUAGCCAUAGCCAACGAGGCUUCAAAAAACAAAAAAAGAUACUUCGGCUACGCUCAAGCCCGGUCCACAUCAAGAAAAGUGACCGGCAAUGCCCUUCACAUUAAUGGACAACUCUUGAACACCGACAAGGAUAUUGCCGACUCGUUCCUCGCCUCGUUCCAACAGGUCUUUCGUCUGGAUAGCCUGAGCAACUACCCUACCCUCGAUCGAGUGAGCGACAUGCCAGAUCUGGCAAUAUCUACACCGGACGUGGAAAGAGUCUUUAAGACUCUUAAAAUCUCCAAGUCCGCGGGUCCAGAUAAUAUCCAUCCAGCCGUCAUAAAACCGAUAGAAUCCUUAAUGAUUCCCCAACUAGUCACCGGUACUAGACCGGUACGUACCCUAGCGCGCGGUUUGAAUUUAUAA